AUGGAUGAUUUACGCACAAAUAUUACUUACCGAAUGAGACAUCUUAAUAUCAAUGAAUUGGAAACUCACGAGCGGAUAGGUUACAGUCCUAUGGGAUAUUUAACUGCACAAUAUAUAUGGAUUUGCAUCAUAGGACAGCAAACUACGGAUUUGCUACUUCGAGAUUGGCUAUUCUGUGAUUAUAAUGAACAUAGAUAA